GCAUCCAUCACUCUCAGGAGACUAUGGAGUUGCACUCUGGUUGUCUGUCUGGAGUGGCCUUUCCAGGGCACAAAGCCAGGGUAGGUUGAUACAGGGGAGAAGCUGUCACCCAUGCAGCAGGUCUCCCCUCUCCACGGUGCCAAAAGUCUCCAAUGAAAAGGUGGACGCCAAUAUGAUUGAUUCCAGCACCAUCACAGGAACCGUCAGAACGAGGUUGAAGGCAGCUGUAAAGUGGUGUGGGUGUUGCACUGCUAUACCACACUGGUAUAGCAUCAUAAAAAUACCUCUGCAGUGUGACACCCACACCACUUUUACACAACCACUAAAGCUCAUCCCCCACAAGCACAAAUAGCAGCACGAACAAUAAGUACCAAACAUCACCAGCACCUUCCCGAGUGCAGUCACCAUCUUCAAGCCAAGGAACAACCACAGUUCCCCUUAGUUAUCGCACAGGGUCACCGCUUCCAACACCAGUUGCCCACAGACACGACUGCAUGACGGCCGCAGCAAAAAGAUACAAGUACCUCAGACGGCUUCUUAAGUUCCGUCAAAUGGAUUUUGAAUUUGCGGCAUGGCAGAUGGUGUAUCUAUUUAUAUCUCCACAGAAAGUUUAUAGAAAUUUUCAGUACAGAAAACAGACAAAGGCCCAGUUUGCGCGUGAUGAUCCAGCAUUUGUGGUUCUCCUUUGCUUCUGGCUUUGUGUAACUUCAGUUGGAUUUGCACUGGUGCUGAAAUUAAGCUUCAGUAGUUUCCUGAGGUUCCUGGUGUACACGGUGUGUGUGGAUACUCUGGCUGCUGGGGUCAUAGUUGCUACCAUCCUCUGGAGUAUAACAAACCACUACAUGAUAAAGCCAACUUGUCGUGAUCAAGAUGUGGAGUGGGGUUAUGCAUUUGAUGUCCACCUCAAUGCAUAUUUUCCCCCGCUUAUCAUUCUUCACUUUUUUCAGCUUUUCUUUUAUCAUGUUUUCAUCAGCCAGGAGUGGUUUGUCUCGAUACUCUUCGGCAAUUUGUUGUGGCUCUUUGCCAUUGGCUACUACAUUUACAUCACAUUCUUAGGUUACAGUGCAUUACCCAUUUUGCAUCGGCCAAAAGUGUUCCUGUACGCUCUUCCUGUGCUGAUGGUGUUGCUGCUGGUGAGCUUGGUGGUGCGAGUCAACCUUUGUAAUGUGCUCAUGAACUUCUAUCACUACCGUGUGCUCUGAGUCACCAACCUGUCUCCAUCUUAGAAGAAUUUUUUUUUCUUUGUACACAGUUCUAUAUUAUGUUAUAUUCAACAUACUAGUUAUAAUUAUGGCUGAAUACUAUUGUCUUUGCUUACUUAAUUUUCCUGAUAGCAAACCAUAUAGUUAGCUCCUUGUGGAAGUUCACUUUGCAAUGAAACACUGAACAUUGUGCCAGUUUUAUCAUCUCUUGUGUGGAAGCUUGAUAUAUUUUGUAUAGAGAAUGAACUUGAAUUGUAUUUAUUAUUAGAAUGUACAGUGAUAAAGUAAUUAUAUUUAGAAGAUCCUGAAUAAUUGAUAAGAUUUGUUUUCUUUAUUUACAUAAAGAAUGUGUUGCAUUCUUACAAGGUGUAAGAAUACAUUAUGGGUAAUGUUUUAAGCUAGAUGUAGUAAUAAAUAUAAAAGUUACGUUACAGUAUGACUAUUGAUCAAAUAAUUUCAAGUGCUUACUUAUGAAAAUUAAAGUUUUCAAAACAAUUCUAUAUUUAAUCAUUAUUCUGUUUUCUUAGCAACUUAGGCAUUUUGGCAGUCUCCAUCGUCCCUCUGUUUUAAUGUCUUCCUUAUGUACGUUUGCUGAAGAAAUGCUCACCAUUUCCACACAUUCUUGAAUUUCUGUAAAAAGUAGCAUUUGCUUUGAUUUUAUGAUAGCAAACUGCCAAAUAGUAAACUUGAAAAGUAAUAAAAACUGCCUUUAGUAAACUUGAAAAGACUUGCAUAGUUUUUUAAGAUGUAAAGAUGGUGUUAAAGACUGAGAAGCAGCACUUCAGUAUUUGUUGAACAUUGUGUCAAAAAUUUAUUUUCAUUUGGUUAAAGAUUUUUCAAACUAGAAAUUAGCUCAUUAAAAUCAACAUGCUGUAUUACGAGGUACUGUAUUUAUUUAAAUCUCAUGUUUAUUAAACAGCACUUUAUGGUACUGUACCUUUAUAUAUAAGAUCAAUGCACUCAUCACAUACUUUUGUGUAAAUAUUGGCACCACAAUAUAUAAUGAAAGGAGGUUUCUUGGUUUAUAAAUCAUUGAUAAACAGCAUCAUCCAAAUCCUUGUGAUUUAAAAUAUUUCUAUUUCGUCCCUUCAUUUUCCAUGAGUGCUCUCCAUUUUAUUCUCCAAAUUUAAGAUUUAUUUUUGUUUGUGUGUGUGUGUGUCAGAUACAGCACUAGUAAAAAUGCCAUAUUCAUUUACAAUCCUCUUGCUUCCCAAUCCUCGAUCACAUUUCUCUAACAACUCGGCCAUCUUAUUCAUGGUAAGGAAGUUCCGCUGACCCUUGUCUGAUGUCUGUAAUGUACAGACAUCAGACAUGGUAUACAUCAGACAAGGUAUGCCAUAAGACAUGGUUUCAAUUCACCAAUAAUGAUAUACAGUAUCAGAAGAAAAGCCACCAAAAAUGCUUGACUAAUAAGAGUUCAGAUUACACUCAAACAAUGAAAACAUUUGAUCAGAAUGUGUACCCUCUAAGUAGGUCUAGAUGCCUCAGGAAAAUGGUACA